AUGGUGGCAGCCGCGGGAGAGACCAGAGAUGGCGAGACGAGCGUCCUCCUGUGGGAGAGCGGGGAGAGAGUGGUGGAGCAGGGGGGGAACCUGGAGCGCCUGGGCCGCUUCCUGUGGUCCCUGCCGGCCUGCGACCACUUGCACAAGAACGAGAGCGUCCUCAAGGCCAAGGCGGUGGUGGCCUUCCACCGGGGCAACUUCCGCGAGCUCUACAAGAUCCUGGAGAGCCACCAGUUCUCGCCCCACAACCACCCCAAGCUCCAGCAGCUCUGGCUCAAGGCGCACUACGUGGAGGCGGAGAAGCUGCGCGGGCGGCCGCUGGGCGCCGUCGGCAAGUACCGCGUCCGGCGGAAAUUCCCGCUGCCGCGCACCAUCUGGGACGGCGAGGAGACCAGCUACUGCUUCAAGGAGAAGUCGCGGGGCGUCCUGCGCGAGUGGUACGCCCACAACCCCUACCCGUCCCCCCGCGAGAAGCGCGAGCUGGCCGAGGCCACCGGCCUCACCACCACCCAGGUCAGCAACUGGUUCAAGAACCGGAGGCAGCGCGACCGGGCCGCCGAGGCCAAGGAGAGAGAGAACACAGAAAACAACAACGUGUCCACGAACAAACAGAACCAGCUGUCCCCCUUGGAUGGAGCUAAGCCGCUCAUGUCCAGUUCGGAAGAGGAGUUUUCGCCCCCACAGAGUCCAGAUCAGAGUUCCAUCCUUCUGCUCCAGGGCAACCUAAACCACGCCAGGAACUCCAGCUAUUCGUUGACAGGUUUGACCACCUCCCAGACAAGCCAUGGCCUCCAGGCUCACCAGCAUCAGCUACAAGACUCUCUCCUUGGACCUCUCACCUCCAGCCUGGUGGACUUGGGCUCAUAAUCGGAUGGAGGUGGCCAGUGGGUGGCUUGUAAAUAAGGAGACAAUGUCGUCCACGGCAGGUUUUUUUCCCCUCUCCCCUUCUUCAUUUUGUUUUCCCAGUUUUCCUGGUGAUUCUUAAAGUGACUUUUUUUUUAACCAAAAAAAUCUCUUUUGAAGCACGCUUCUCCACCUUGAUUUAACACUUCUCCCUUGGCCUCUCUUAAGAGAUGUUAAAUUUCCAAACAUUUCCAUUUCCCCCCCCCAGGGAAAAAUGAUGAUGAUGAUUUUUUUUGGAAAUUUUGCAUCUCUAAAGAGUUCUUACAAUAAGAAAAUAUCAAAGGACAACACUUCGAAGUGUGUGGUGUUUUGAUUUGUUUUUCUGGAAAAACAUGGAAAAUUUUGGAAAUUUUGCAUCUCUAGUCUCCCUUACGUCUUAGCUGCAAGCCAAAUGAAAAUAAUAAGACCUGGGAUAUACAUGGGGCCCACCUUUUGCCCUCCACCCCUUUGUAGUCUCUUCAAUUUAAUUAUUGUGCUCCUAUCAGUUGGAUUUAGGGACGGUUUAAUUUAAUUUUUUAUUUUUUUUUCUAAUGGUGGGCACCACCUAGCCAAGUUAAGCAUAGUUCAUUAAGUGCAAAGUACAAGAGAAUUCAAAAAAAAGGCUUACCUUGGGCUAGAUCCUAUCUAUUCCUCUUCUUGCAGAGGAGGAAUGCAUUAAUUAUAAAAGGAAACCAUUUUAUAGCUAUAUAUUCUUACUCAGAAGUUAGUACUACUAAGUACAAUGGGACUUCACAGAACAAUCCGAUGCAUGUUUACUCAGAAGCCAGUUUAAUGGGAUUUGCUCCCAGUCUUGGCUAGUAUGGCAGGUUUACUCUUGAGUAAGUGUGCUUAUGACUUUAUUUGUAAUAGCUGGUGGUGGGAUUAUUGUCCUGGUUUGAAUUUUUUUUGGGGGGGGAGAAGGGGUUGGGAAGUGGAGUUAGUGUACCAAAACUUUUACUUUGAAAGGGAGAUCUGAAGAAGGUAGAUAAAGUUUACAUUUUUUUGUGUUGGGGGGGCUUCUGGUCACGUUUAGUGUCCUGAAAGGAUUUUAAAGUAGCUUUAAAAAAUAAGAAUGAUGCAGUAUUAGCUGAAGAAUACAAGUGCCUAUGUCUUAAUGCAGGUUUGUAAGGCCUUUUAGGGUAAAAUUUAAAUGUGAUCCUACAUUCAUGUCAUUUUUAUGUUUGUGGUGAAUUUAGAGAGUGAGUCCACAUUGUUAUUAUUUUUUUAAGCGACAACAAUACUCAGCAACAACAACAAAACCAGGAACAGCUUACCCAGCUGUUUAGUGAAUGAGCCACAGAGUUUUUAUACCGGUUUUCUUUUCUAUCUAACCCCCUCUCAAUAUUUCAGACAUUUGCAGAAAAAAACAAACACAAUGUUAAUUUGGUUUUGUUACCAAGAACAGCAUGUGGUUUUCCUUCCAGGCUUCUUGUACCCAGAGAAGUCUAAAUUAAAUGAUGAUGAUGAGACUGAAAGACUAUCAUGUUUAUUUAUAAAAAGACAAGAGGCAGUUUGUAGUCUCCUUAUACAUCCUAGUGUUCUAUCUAUGCCAGGCGUUUGGGGUUUUAAAUCUACUCAAGAGUAAAUUCCCUAGUGUUUCAAUAAAGCCUGUUGAAUAGGAGAAGGGUUGUGGGAGCAGCAUUUGGAAGUAACUAGCCAGAAACGAGUUACUUCGUUUUUCUUAUGUUUUGUAACAACCAAGGCAUAAUUAUGUUACAACUUUGCUGUAAACAAGGAUAACAUCACCUCUUUUGUCUGCCAUGAUGGUAAUUCUUUUUAGUUACUUCUAGAAUAUGCACUAGCUAUCUACUUGCAACACUCUGAUGUGGUUUCCCUUCCCCUCCUAAUAAGAAUUCAAAAGGUAACUAUUUUCAGUUCUUUGAAAUAAUGAGAAAGUAAAGUGUUACUUUGAAAACUGUUCUAGUGACAACUAAUUACUUUUCUGGGCCGCAGGGCUUUAGCUGUAGCUACGUGUAAAAGGAAUUUUCCAAGAAGGGGGAAAGAAGAUGUUUGAAUUCAGUUCAAGUAACCUGUCUUUUCCCCUGCUUUAAAAGAAGUUCUUCUGUCAAGCCCUAUGUUUAGACUCCUUGCAUCAAUAAGAGAGAAUAAACAUGAAAUGACAGACAUGAAAACUGGAGGAACCAUCCAAUUAAGGCCACUGAAAUCUCCACGGAGCUCAAGAAAGGCAUUCUGACAAUAUAUCCAUUAGAACCAAGGGGUGAUUUUGCAAGAACUUAAUCAUGUUUACUUUAACAGAAUUCUCCUGGGAACUUAGACCCUAUUUAAUGUGCUUUGGAAUUCAGCCCAUGGAGCCAGCACUGUUCUUCCUUGCUCUGAAAUAAGACUCAACUCCUCUUCAUGCUUACUCCGUCGAGAAAUAAAAUCCUUGGAAAGUGCAGUGGUACUUACUUUGAAGAAAACGUGCAUUGAUUGGAGCUUGCAGGUCUUUUCCAAUUUAAUGGAAAUUGACUGGAAGGAUAGAUUUCAGACUUAAGUGGGCUUUAAUUUGCCAGAGGAUCCAUUUGAUGGAGUCCAGUUAUGGCUGAGAUGGCACAGCACCCAAAAACGGCAUCACCAAGGUGUGAGAAAGGCACCUGCACCCACCCAGUCGCUAUCA